GUCAUGGACGCAACACACACAACGCACUCCAUACAUGGACUUACACUGGAAUAAUCUAUUUAUUUAUUAGCAUAUUUAUGUAUUUGUCUUAAUGUGGAGCACUAUGCACUCCAGGCUAAAGUCGCGGAGCUGUGAUAAUUACCUGAGUAUAAAGGACUCGGAGUCUCUGGAUCAGUGUAUUGAGAGCGUGCUGUCUGCUCUGUAUCCUCCGUUCAGCUCCAGCGCCGCCACCGUCCUCUGGCAGUUGUUUGGUGUGGUGGAGCGACAGUAUCGAGGAGACGGCCUGCGCUGCUUCAUCGACUUUCUGCUGCCCGCAAAGAGGAUCCUGCACACGCUCAGACACCAGUCCUGCCUGCGAUUUAAAGGCGUGCUGCUGUACCACGAGGGAUGGCCGCUGUGUCUGCAUGAGAAGGUGGUUCUGCAACUGGCGCCGCUGCAUAAAGUGCGUCUGCGGCAGGGAGAUUUCUACCUGCAGGUGGUUCCUUUGGGCCGCAAGUCUGCCAAGCUGGUGCUGAAAUGCCUGUCGGGCAGCGGGCAGGCCAUCGCAGAGGUCCCGGUGUCGGAGAGCAUGUACGGCAGUGUCUUCACUCCAGAUUUCCUGCAGAAUGUGACGCGUGAUCGAAACCUCCAGCCGCUGCAGAACUGCCUCCUGAGCACCGGUUCUGUGGUUUAUCGAACGCCCUGGAAAAACGUGAUCAAUCCUCUGCUGGUGACGAGCACGGAGGACGCACUGAUGCAGGCCAGAAACAACGGAGCUGUAGGCCUGCGUGGUCAGAUCAGCCCCUGCAGCACUCACGGCUCCACAGGAACGCUCAGCUCUCGAGAUUCUCUGGGCGGCGAAUCCACCGUAUCGGAGCCGGCGCUCAGCCGAAGCCUCACCGACAUGGGCAUCGGUUCAUUGCACCGUGAAGACUCAGACCUACAGAAGAGUCCUGAUCCGGGCAGCAUCCGCGGACACAAACUCCUGUCCUUCAGCACAGACCUCAGCAACCCAAACAUACGCAAACGCCAUCCCAGAGACUCCACCGCUUUCGAAUCACGACGACUCUUUCGUAAAUCCUACAUGGAGGCUUUGCAGAAUCCCAUGAAUCUCGGCUCCAGCUCUGAAUCCAUUCUUGAGGAGCCGAGUUUUGCAUCCGUCCCGAAGGAAUCGAUAGCGCCGGUGCGGAGGAUCUGUGCUCGAGGAUGGCUGGGAGGAGAUGAAUCCCGAAACGGAUCUCCUGCUGGGAAUCCGUCCAAAAACACAGAGCUGAGUCCCAGCGAGAGACGCUCCAAAUCUUUGGAACGCACUAAUAAUAAGGCACUGCAGGCCAAAGGUCACCGGGCGCGCUCCUCAUCUGGCGGCUCCAACAGUGGCCUUCCUAAAAAGCUCAUCAAUGGUUAUGGGUUUCGCUUCGGAAAACUGGAGCUGGAGGCGGCUUUUCCUGGACUGGAGAGGAGGAGCAGUAAAGAGAACUCAGAGUGGAGCGUCAGGAGCAGCAGCAACAGCAGUGAUGAGUGUGUGUCUGUGGCGCCCCCUGCUGUCUGUCCUUCAGCACUGAUGAUCUCUCAGCUGGACCAGGAGCUGCUGACCUCUGGUGCUAUCACGCUUCCUGGUAAUGUAGAGCGCAGUGGUCGCACUGUGGUUCAGGUGUGCUGCAGUAAGCAGGUGUGGAGCAGCGACUGCACAGAUCAGAUCAUCAGUGUUCUACUCUGCUAUUACUGCAGCAGUCUGCGGAAGGAGAAACGAGAGCUGGGGUUGACAGUUCUGGUAGACGCUCGAAGACAGCAGACGGUCCCCUCCACACUGAUCUCAGCUCUGUCUCAGUUUCAGACUUCUGUACCCAAUGCACUUUACUCAGUUUUGUUUCUGGUGGACAAAGAAGCAGCAGUGAAAGUUGAGCGCGACGUCACGUUUCCUUAUGAAGUCCUGACGUCUCUAAAAGCUCUGCAGAAACACAUCGACUCCACGCAGCUCACCACAGACCUGGAGGGCACGUUCCCAUAUGACCACAACCACUAUAUUUACUUCAGACAGAAAAUUGAGCCGUUCGUGUCGAGCUGCGGCGCCGCGAUCUCUUUUCUUCAGAGCUCCAUCGAGACACUAAACAACAUCAGCAAUCUGGAGACAGCCCAGGAGGUGUCGGAGGUCAUAGGUCAGCAGAAAAGCCUGAUGAAGAAUAUUCUGGACGACACUGAACUGAACCGGCUGAGGCUGGAGGGAGGAACGUUUCUGGCCCGCCUCAGGAAAGAGGAGAUGUGUGAAAACCACAGCUACAGAGAUGCUGUGGAUCUGGUCAGCGCGUUGUAUAAUCAGAUGGAUGAAGAGGUUCAUAAACUGGUGAUUCUGUCUAAUAAAUCCCUGCAGAAUCUGGAGACCCUCCUGGAGCUGCGCACAAUACAGGAAAAACAGGAGGAGGUGAAGCGCUGGUUUUAUGUGGAGAGCGAGAGACAUUUAGCUCCUCUGGACUCGUUCUCUCUCUCUUUGAGCUCCAUUCAGGACAUGAGCAAGAGUCUGGAGCUCUUCAUGCAGGAGGCCCGCGAGCAGCAGAAUAAAGCAUCAGUGUUAUUGAGAGAGUCUGACAGCUCUUCUUCUCUGCUGGAGCUCAAUCAGCAGAUCGGCUCCGUCCUGCAGCGCUGUGAAACCCGCAGGAAUCAGCUCCACGUCCUGCACAACCUUUAUGAGUUCUACCAAUCGGCGAAUGACUGGAUGCUCCAGUGUCAGGAGUAUUUCUGCCGUCUGCGAGAGGGUGGGGAUGCGGCGGCGCUGCAGAUCCUCCAGGAUUUCCACAGCGAGGCGCAGCAGUUUUCUCCGCAGAACUUUAGCUCGUUCCAACAGACGCUGCAGCAGCUGGAGAGUCCAGGAGAAGAGCAGCGCUGGAGGAACAUCUGGAGAAGCUGCAAACACACACAGCAGCAGCUGGAGGAGCUGAUGGAGAGCAGCACACCACAACACACCACACAGGCAUUCUCGAGUCCUCCGGAGAGCCGGAAUGGAGGUGUUUCUCCAGAUCUGCCGGCUCUGAGCUCCUGUGUGGAGUAUGAUGACGCUCCACAGUUUCCCAGAAGCCUGUGCACAGCGGAGGACACGGACAGCGACUGCACGGUGGACUCCAGUGUGUCAGAGCCGCAGCGUCUCCGCAAGCAGCCGCUCAAGAAGAUCAUGAAGACGCUGAGCUACGAGCCCAGCGCUCAUCACGGCUAUACCGGCGUCUACAUCCGCGGCCUGGAGGUCAGCAAUAACGUCAGUGCGGAGAAAAAACUGCAGCGUCCGGAUGUGAAGAGUCCAGUGCUGACCCGCAGCCGCAGCCUGUCCACACCCUGCAGAGCUGAGCACAGCCACUCCAUCAGCAGUAAAGUGCAGCACAUCAUGGAUGAGAUGAUCUCCACCGAGCGUGAGUACGUUCGCUCGCUCGUCUACGUCAUCCAGCAAUAUUUCCCAGAGAUGGAGAGACUGGAUCUCCCACAGGACCUGAGAGGGAAACGCAGCAUCAUAUUCGGCAACCUGGAGAAACUGAGCGACUUCCACAGCCUGUACUUUCUGAAGGAGCUGGAGAGAUGCUCACACUCGCCGCUGACCGUUAGCAGAUGCUUCCUCAUGCACGAGGAGCAGUUCGGCAUGUACGCUCUGUACAGUAAGAAUAAACCCCGCUCAGAUGCUCUGCUGACCAGCCACGGCAACACUUUCUUUAGGAAUAAGCAGGUGGAGCUGGGUGAUAAGAUGGACCUGGCGUCGUACCUGCUGAAACCCAUCCAGCGCAUGAGCAAAUACGCUCUGCUGCUCAAGGAUCUGAUUAAGGAGUGCAGCGAUUCUCAGGAGCAGGAACUCACUGACCUCAGAACAGCUGAAGAGAUGGUCAAGUUCCAGCUGAGACACGGAAACGACCUGCUCGCCAUGGACGCCAUCAGAGGAUGUGACGUGAAUCUAAAGGAGCAGGGUCAGCUCCGAUGUCAGGACGAGUUCAUCGUUUGGUGCGGACGCAAAAAAUACCUGCGUCACGUGUUCCUGUUCGAGGACCUGAUUCUGUUCAGCAAAACCAAGAAGAUCGAAGGAGGAUACGACAUCUACAUCUACAAGCAGUCCUUCAAGACAGCAGAGAUCGGCAUGACGGAGAGUGUGGGCGACAGCGGCCUGCGGUUCGAGAUCUGGUUUCGUCGCAGGAAAACUCAGGACACCUUCAUCCUGCAGGCCGCAUCCGCUGAGGUGAAGAGCGUCUGGACCGGCGUCAUCGGGAAGAUCCUGUGGAGACAAGCUCUACGAAACAGAGAGUUGCGGAUGCAGGAGAUGGUGUCGAUGGGGAUCGGGAACAAACCGUUCAUGGACAUCAAACCCAGCGAUUCUGCCAUCAGCGAUCGAGCCGUCGACUACACCAUGAAGAGCUCCGAUUCGAGGACGCGCACGUCAAUAGCGUUGUCUUCAGUGGAUCACUCAACGCCUUUUAAGCGCCCUCACUCCACCAUCUCCAACAGCAGCUCUUCGUCCUCCAGCAGCCAGUCGUCCUCAUCUCUGCUGAACCUCCACCCGUCCCACACCCACCAGGCCCAGAUCCACCCAUCCCACAUCCACCCGUCCCACUGGCCCUACGACUGCAUCGAGGAGGACGAGCUGGAGCACGAAUCCUCCAUCCAGAACAGUAUGAUUGGUGAGAGUGUGGAGAGCUCGUCGUCUCAGUGCACGUCCAGCGACAGCAUCAGUAAUCUGAGCAUCAUCACCGUCCAGCAUCAUCCAGCUCUACUGAUGGAGAAGGACAGCAGUGAUGGAGGCUCGUGUGUGUGUACACCAUCACCAUCACCAUCACCACCCACAGCAUCCAGCAGCAUCCUCUACCACACAGAGCAGGAGCUGCAGACGCAGAGCACUAACUACAUCACUGCGCAGAACCAGGCGUCUCAUGGUCUGUUAGGCCUGUCCACUCUGGUCUGAAUCAAACACUUUUACAUCACUGUGAGAUUGCUGAUGGAUGAUGGACAUCAAUAAACACAUUUCAGAGACUGAUAUUCCUCCAUAAACUCGCUGAUGAACUGGAUUUCUGAUGGCCGAGCUCAGCAGCGCUGGUACGUCAUUGGACUGCAUCACGGAUGUAAAUUAUUUCAUGUGUUUUAGAUGUUUUUCUGUAAGAAAUACGACUGACCACUGGACUUUUGACUGAGUAUUUCUGAUCUGUACAGACUGUCUUUAAAUAGAUGAUGUGAGUACUAAUAAAAUCCAUCACGGAUUGAAUUUUCAUCAAGAA